AUGACGUCCCCAUCCAAUUUGGAAACUGAUCUGAGUUCAUAUGCUAGUGUGUUAGCUGGAGUUAAGAGGAUGAGGGAGAUGUUUGAGAGUGAUCAGGUUUCGGAUGGAAAUUCGGCGAGUAUCUUAAAGCGAGAUGUGGAUGUCGAUGAAAGCACAGCUAAAGGAAGUAAUGACGAUAAGAAUAACGAUUACGGUCUGAUCAAGGAAGUUGAAAUUACCGAUAAGGUAACAGACCAAUCGCCAAAGGGUAAUACUAAUACAAAUACCGAUGUGGCAUCGCGAGGAGGAGCUAACAGUUACCGAAAUCCACCUCCAAUGUCUACUACCUAUACACGCAUUCAAGUAUCACCCUCUCAAAAGGGUAAUCCUCUACUAGUUGACUCUCACUUAAAGACUACAGCUUGGGAAUACAACUCCACAAUCGUUAGCGACUACGUCAUCAACCCCAAGUUACAGUUUCUUUUCUUAUCACUAAAGUACCAUAAGCUACACCCAGAAUAUUUGUGGCAGAGAAUCAAAAAAUUGAACAAGGGUUCGACCAAUUCCUCCAUUCUCUCUGCAGAUGACUCUCUUCGAAUAUUGCUUGUAGUAGUUGACGUAGAUUCACACCAGGAAAUUAUUAGAAACUUGCUGAAUUUUUGCGUAAGGCAGGACUUAUCGAUGGUGUUGGCAUGGACAUUUGAAGAGGCUGGAAAUUACAUUUAUCAUGCUAAAAAGCAAGAAUUGUCGGCUACAAGGCAAACUACAAGUAUAAAGAGGGCUAGAGAAGAAGAUUACGAAAGUCGCAUAAGAGAUACUUUAGUUAGUAUACGGGCGAUCAAUAAGACCGACCUGGUAAACUUAUUGGGAAAUUUUAAAUCCUUUGAAAAUAUUGUGCAGGAGAGCGUUAAAGUCGGUGGUGACCUAGGCAAAGUACACGGGUUCGGGAACAGAAAAAUUGAUAAUAUGAGACAAGUCUUUCUGGAACCAUUCAUUUACAAUAGGGAAUAUGUAACAAAAUAA